CAUAUUACAAGUUUUCGCGCAUAUACAGUAGUGGGCUCGACCGCGGAACGAAUUCGUCUGCUUUUAUCCCUACGUUACAGUUAAAAUCGUGAUACCCAUAUCCGUGUGUUGUGCUGCGAUAAAUUGCUCGGUGCGGCCUGCAGCUGCCUACGUUUCGUUUUUUUCUUUUUUCUGUUUUGGAGCUGUAUCCGCGCGCGUACGAUAUUACACGCGAGAUAAGAGUAUACGUAAAAUAAUUUAUUUCGAGGCACGAUCAUCGCCAGGACUAAUUGUGAAUUUUGCGUUUCUCUCCAUGUAACAACCGUUUCUGCUACUACCACACGUGAUACGUCCACCAGUGAUGAGCUUACUUCUCGUUUCAUGAGCUAUAAUAAUCUUUUUAAAGUACAUCGUUUUGUUAAAGAAAUCGUAAAAUUAACAGGAGUAGUUAUGGGUCAAACACUUAGUGAACCUGUGACCACCAAGAGGUCUGCCUUUUGCAAAGACGACAACUACAAAGUUGGCAGUUCCUGCAUGCAAGGAUGGCGAGUGAAAAUGGAAGAUUCUCAUGUACACAUUCUAUCCUUACCUGACGAUCCAAAUUCUGCUUUCUUUGCUGUGUACGAUGGACACGGAGGUGCUGUCAUGGCGCAGUACGCUGGAAAGCAUCUGCAUGAAUUUGUUACUAAUCAACCAGAAUACAAAGAAGGCAAAAUUGAAGAAGCUCUCAAAAAAGGCUUUUUAGAAAUAGACAAAGUCAUGCAAACUGACGAAGCAACCAAAAAUGCUCAAGCUGGCACUACGGUCAUUUCUGUUCUCAUUAAGGACAAUGUUUUAUACUGUGCUAAUGCAGGAGAUAGCAGAGCAGUGGCAAGUGUGGCUGGCAAAGCUGUUCCUUUAAGUUAUGAUCACAAACCAAUGCUGAAAGAAGAAAAAGAUCGUAUCGAAGCUGCGGGUGGUUGGGUGGAAUUUAAUAGAGUUAAUGGACACCUAGCACUAUCUCGAGCUUUGGGAGAUUUCAUGUUCAAAAAGAAUGAAAAUGUCAAAGCUGAAGAUCAAAUUGUGACUGCUCUACCUACAAUUCAGCGCCAUGAAAUAACAGAGGAUUGGGAAUUUGUGGUGCUGGCUUGUGAUGGUAUAUGGGAUGUUAUGAGCAGUGAGGCUGUUAUUGAAUUCAUAAGAACACGUUUUGCUGAGAGUGCAAACAUUGAACCAAAUGAAGAAAAUAAUUAUAUUGAUCCUGAAGAAAUUUGUGAACAAUUGAUCAAUCAUUGUCUAGCUCCUGAUGCUCUCAUGGGAACUGGCUGUGACAAUAUGACAGUGGUCUUAGUGAGUUUCUUACACGGUAAACCUUAUGUGAACAUGCUCCGUAAUUGUCAAAGACCUGCUCCUCAAUCUGCAACCAAUUCUACUGAUAAAGAAUCAACACCAGAGAAACAAAUGAAUAAUACCUCUGAAUAAUGAUAAUAAGUAUAGCUACUCAUUCAUGUACGUUUAUUCCAUUUUACCAUGAAAAUAAUAAAAUUAUAAUAAAGAGUGUAAAUAACCUGGAAUGAAUCACUUGUGCUGAACAGUUGUAUGAUACUAAAAUUAGCAUAUUAUGCUCCAUUGUAACAUUAUAACUACAUUUACUGUACUGUCCAAAAUAUCUUUGUUAUUGUAUUUAUUAUGUAUUCAUUUUGUUAGAGCUCUGUACACCGUAAAAUUUAUAAAUAUUUUUAUAAGUAAAACCGUUAAAAGCACA